GCGCACGGUACGCUCAUGGUCUUUCAAUCCAUUGGACUUUCCGUAUGGCCUUAUUCGGUAUUGUUGGGCUCAUAUGGUGAAAGAUAAAAGAGCCUCUCUCCACACCGCUUUUUCAAACUAAAGAACUUGCUCCCGACCCUCAUUUUCUUCAGCUUUGUAAAGUAGCGAGACACGAGUCUAAGCAUUUCAGAAAUGGAGCAGUUCAUGAACAGCUCAGAUUCCUUGGAUGCUUUGAUCUCCAUUUGUCCUCCUAAAGAGAAGAAAGACGAGCAGAACACGCAUGGGUACAGUGAGGAGUUCCGGGCAAUGCUGGAUAGGAUAAACGGGGAAGACUUGAGCUAUGAAACCAGCCAUGUUUUGGAAAAGAGACGGCGACUGAGCUUGUAUCAGGUGAAGGAAUUGGAGAGAAGCUUUGAGGUGGAAAACAGGCUAGAACCGGAUCGAAAGGUGAACUUAGCAGAAGAAUUAGGAUUGCAGCCACGACAAGUAGCUAUAUGGUUCCAAAACCGGAGAACCCGUUUGAAGACUAAGCAACUGCAGAGAGACUUCAGCCUCCUUAAAGAUCGUUAUGAUGCUCUAAAGCUUGACUGCAACAAUCUUGAACAAGAAAACGAAGCUCUAACUUCGACGCUGAGAGAGUUGAAAGAGAAGCUCUGCAGACGAAGUGCAGAGGGCAAUCACUCUGUAGAAGAAGAGUCUCUAAUCUCAGAGUUUGACACCAAUGUUUCAGAUCGAAGGCAAACAAGUGAUUUAUUCGAGAAUGGCGAAAAGGCAGUUAGAGUGUAUUCUGAUUCCAAAGAUGGAUCAUCGGAUUGCGUUUCAAACUCAUUCGCAGAUCGGUUUCGAGACUCCGAGUCCAGAGAAGUUCCAGGUAAAGCAUACCAACCUCAGCCUACAAGGAUGGAAGAGCAAAGUAUGUAUUGUAAUUUCUUUUCUGUUGAUCAAGCUCCUACUCUCCACUGGUACUUCCCUGAGCAGUGAAGCCUGUUUGAUCAGCCUCCAACUUUGAAUUUUAAUCCUGUUUAACUAUGUUGCUCUAGAGAAGUUCUUGAGUUGCAUAUUUGCAGGGUGCACGUCUUGUUUUAUCUAAUAUACUUGUACUGUGAUACAAUACCCUGUUUAAUCCUUAUACGCUACUUAGUUUAAAGUGUUGGAGUUUAUGUAUAAGAGAAAUGUUGUUAUUCA